AUGACAAUUGAUGCUACAAAUAAUGAUGAAAUUGUUGAUGUAAAUGUUGAUGUAAAUGUACAACCCAUGAUGAAUAUUAAUGUUGUCUCAUGGAAUAUAGAAAGCUUAGCAAGCAAAUUACGCUCUAACAGAAGCGAGAUAUAUUCCUUGAUGCAGCAUUUUGAUAUCAUUGGUUUCAUUGCAUCAUUUCAAACAAGAGACAAUGAAUUUGAUCAUGAAUUUGAUAGUAAUGAGUGGACAAUAUUUUCAGCCAUGCGUACUGUCUGUAGUAAACCAGCAGGGGGUGUAACAGCUCUAGUUAAGAGAUCAUUGGUGUUGCAACACAGUGUGACAAAAAUAUUUGGUGCUGAUGAUAGACUGUAUUUGUGUUUUAAGAAUAUAUUUAGUGAUAAAGAGCACCCCAAUUUAAUUAUGGGCUUUAUUUAUCUACCCCCACAAGGAUCUAUAUACUAUAGCUCUACAGAUAGCGAAUCUGGAGUAGAUCUUUUAGCUGAGGAUAUGUUUAAAAUAAAAAACGAUACAAGAUACAGCAACUGUAGAUUAUUGCUGGCUGGAGACUUCAAUGCAAGAACAGGUGUUAGUGUAGAUUAUGUGAUUGAUGAUUCAGUUAAGUACAUUCCUGUGUUAGAAGACUGUGAGGAUGAACUGUAUAAUUCAGAUAAAUUUUCUAAAAAGCGAAAGAAUCAAGACAAAGAGGUAAAUCAUUUUGGUAAACAAUUACUAGAAUUGUGUGCAGUAGAGGGUAUACAUUUUGUAAAUGGUAGGACCAAUAGUGAUUUAUCAGGAAACUUUACAUUUGUUUCUAACAGAGGGUGUAGCACAAUUGAUUACUGUAUAGCUGAUUCUGCAAUGUUCGAAUAUAUUAGUGACUUUAAAGUGUUAGAUGUAGAUAUUUCCCUCCAUUUACCCAUACAUUGUACAUUAAGUGUAGUCAAAUAUAGCACGGAGGUCAUGGAGGUUGAUGUACAACUAGAGCAUUUAUCUAAAUUCAAGUGGGAUAUGAACAAAUCUGUUGAAUAUUUACAAAAUAUCUGUAGUACAGAUGUGGUAUUAGAAAUCAAUGGUAUAAUUGAGUUAGAUGACUUAAGUACAGAGGAAACUGUCUGUAAAUUGAGGGGUGUCUUGGAGAGGUGUGGUAGUCACAUGGAAGUAAAAGAAAAAAUCACUGAGAAAAACACAGAAAAAACUAACCAAAAGUGGUUCGACAAAGAGUGUGAUCUACUUAAGAAAAAAAAGUGCGAACUUCUUAAUAAAUACAGAACAACACGCGCACCAGAACAGUUGGAUGAAUACCUUGAAUACAAGAAACGAUUUAAGGACCUAUGUGUAAAAAAAGAAAAAGACUACAGAGAACUUAUGAAAAACAUAUUGUGUGAAGCAACCAAAGAUUCUACCGAGUUCUGGAAAACUAUAAAGCUGCUGAAGUCAAGCCAAUCAAUAGUAAAAAGACAAUCAGUUAUUUCCCCUAGAAAGUGGGCGGAAUACUUCAGCAACUUAUUCCAUAAGGAAGAAGCUGAUACCACAAUAGAUGACUUUACCGAACAUGUCAACAACAGACUAAAACGACACGAGGAAAGUUGUGAUUUAUGUUCUUGUAACACUGAUGAGAUUCUUAAUGCAGAAAUUUCAGAAGAAGAAAUUCAGGGAUUACGAAAUAACAAAAGUCCGGGACAAGAUGGAAUACCAAAUGAAUUUUACAAAUAUUCCAACAAAAACGUGAGAGACCUCCUACGGAAACUUUUUAACCAAGUUUUCAACUCUGGUCAGUUUCCAGAAUCUUGGAAUAAAAAAGUGAUUAUUCCUCUUUUCAAAAAAGAAGACGGAGAAGAUCCCAAUAACUACAGGGGAAUCUCACUACUUGAUUCCAGUAGUAAAAUAUUCACAUCAGUUUUAAAUAAAAGACUAAACUUAUGGUCGGAGACCCAGGGACUUAUCCCUGAGGAACAAGCUGGAUUCCGCCAAGGAUAUUCUACAAUUGAUAAUAUCUUUACACUACAAUCGAUAGUGCAGAAAUACCUAACAAAAAAACGUGGGAAAGUGUAUUGUGCUUUUAUUGACUUCUCAAAAGCAUUUGACUAUCGACCGUAA